GGAAGGAUGGUCAACUGCCUUGGAAGUCUCUACCAGAAGAUAUGAAGCGUUUCAAGAAAAUCACGACGGGCGGGCACUGUAACGAUAAUGUGAAGAAUGUGUGCAUUAUGGGAAGAAAAACGUGGGAGUCUAUUCCAGAGAGGUUCAGGCCCCUUAGGGACCGUAUUAACGUUGUGAUCUCCUCAACUAC